AUGUCAAGCUCACCUCUCACUACACGCAAUUAUGCUGAUAAAACCCCUUGCUCGUCCCCGAGUCCCCCGGAUAUCCCUCAUGCCCUUUACCAACCCAAAAAAAUCACCGAUUCACGACGAAAAAGCUUACACAUAUGGCUUGUAGGCGUCUGGCCUCUACUAUUACACUUCCUUCUUCUCCUCGGUAUCUUCCUUUUUAUGAGGCUCUACGUUCAAAGACGCCACUUCAACUUCAAUGAACGGAGACCAUGGGUGAAACUAAGAAAUGGUACCGAGGUCCCAUGGGUUUACUACUCUCCUCUGCAAUCCGAUAUCACCACCAUCCUAUCCUUCGCCUUGGCCGGUUUGCGCUUAGUUACAGCGUGUUGGGUUGGCUCUUUAUGCUGGCGAUGUGCAUUCAUAUUAAUGCGCGAACACGGAUUGAAACAUCGGGAUUUACGGAGCAUGGUUUCCUACGGCAUCAUGCUACCAUCCAUCCAGACGGCCCCAAGGUCUCCGAACUAUUCUAGUUUUGUUAUAAUCUGGAUCAUACUAGCACUUACACUCCCUGUGCAAUUUUCUGCUCCUAUUCUUACCGGCUCGAUUACUUGGGAGUCCUCCAGCCACCCUCAUCGGCGUUUGAGCGACGAUACUGUUUAUAUCCCACACACCGAGUAUGGGCGGUGGAAUCGGAUGGUGGCAGGGCAUGAACGUGUUCUUCUUGAAUCAGCCGUUGAGCACGCUAAAUUCAGAAACAUACUCACUUGGGGGCGAGAUUCCGACAAUUCUACCAUCAGGCGCUUCAUUCUGCAGCUUAAUGAACUCGAAGUUGGGACUAGAAUUGACUCUGUGGCAUUACCCUAUUUCUCGGUGCAUAAAAUCGAGUGGUUAGAAGAAGAUAGUGAAGAGUACAAAGAUCCUCAAUAUAAUGUCGACGGCGUUAUAUGUCCAAAAUUGAAUAUUACAGGGAGCAGCUUCUGUCCCCUAAUUAAAGGCCAAAUGGCUCUGGUCCCAACAUCAUACCUGAUAUAUCACGCAGGGCGUAUCCAUAAUGUAGUUUCUGAGCGACGAUUACUGGUAUAUGUGCCUUACGCGUCGUUCAGAUGGAAAGGUCACUGCACCAUAAGUGAUUACCAAGGACGCAAACUAGCCACUGGUUACCUCCAGGGUGAACGAUGCCUAAAGUUUGCAUGGGUAUCAUACACGGCGGGUGUUGUCAAUUGCAACAACUGUACUAUCUCAUCUGAUCGGAUCGUUCAACUCAAGAUUAAUGAUGUCCCUUCACCUUCACCUGGAUCGAUGAUUGGAGAAGCUUUGCGCAUUAUGCCACUGGUUACAGCAUCUAUAUUUGGAGAAAAGGAGUCGUUUGAUGUAGCUCCUUCGUGGCCUACUUUUGACGAUAUGGUGAUCGGAACUCUUACUCGAUCAUAUGCUGCGUCUUGGGCGGCUUUGAACGAGGGCAUUGCCAGCGAAUCUCUGGAGUCAGGUUAUUCGGUAUCGCCGCCAGCAUCUCUUGCAGUCGUUAACAUGCUACGACUCUAUCUCUGGGCCGUUUUGCAGCUGCUCGUCACACUUUCGGGGGCACUCUUUAUCUAUGUUCAGGCUAAUUCAUCCGAUCCUAUUUUAGGCGAUACCACUCUGUUCGCCUUUUAUGCUGACACUUCUGCCGUCACGAGUGAUCAUGAAUGGGAUGAAGCUACGGGCGGAAUGGUGCACAGGAUCGAACCCAAGGGUGAAUAUCUUAGACUCAAAGUCGACUAG